AUGCCCCCCUCACUCCCCCCCAACAUCCGCAUCCACCACGAUGUCACCACCUCCCGCAGCAGCGGCGGCAACCACCGCUCCCUCCUAGCCACAACCACCUUCCAACCCGGCGACCGCAUCGCCACCUUCUCCGACCCCCUCCUCGCUCUUCCCGACGGCGCUACCAUGCGCUCCGCAUGUAACUACUGUCUCCGUCCUGCCUCUCCUUCGCCUUCAGCUUUAGCCUCGGCCUCCCAGAAGCAGGAGCAACAGAAACAGCAGCAGAAGGAGCUGAAAGCUUGCACAGCCUGCAAAGCAGCAGUCUACUGCAACCCCGUUUGUCAACGCGCCCACUGGAAAGCCGGCCACCGAGGCGAGUGUGCCAUGUUUAAGCGAGUAAAGGAAAGUGCGGGGCAGGACUGGAUACCGACGCCUGUGAGGGCUGUUGCGCUUGUUUUGAUGGCUACGGCUGCUGCUGGGUCUGAGAAGGGGGAGGGGAAAGGGAAAGAGAAAGAUGAGGAGAGGGCGAGGCGGUUUAGGGAGGCUUUUGGGUUUGAUGAGAAAGGGGAAGGGUUAGAGGGGAAUGUGGAGGGGUUUAAGAGGGAUGCGGAAGGGUGGCGGGAUGUGGAGAUGAUGGGUACGGCGGCGGUGGUGUAUAGUGGGUUGAAGCCUGAGGAGGAGGUGGUGGAGAAGGCGAAGGAGGUUUUGUGUAUGAUCCAAACGAAUGCGUUCAACCGGCUGGAUCCGGACACGGGCACGGCAGGGAUAUUUUUGGAUGCUGGGUUGGCAAUGGUGAAUCAUUCGUGUGUGCCGAACGCGUUUAUCGGGUUUGAGAAGCGGGCAGCGGUGUUGCGGGCGGAACGGCCAAUCCAGGAGGGCGAGGAGAUCACUAUCUCGUAUAUUGUACCAGACACCGCCCUCCCCAAAGCAGCCCGCUACGAAGCCCUCCGACAAUACCACUUCCAAUGCCACUGCCCGCGCUGCACCGACGACCUCGACGUCUACCAAGUCUGCCAAACCUCCCCCCCAGCCGUCAUCCGCCUCAACACCUUCAGCCUCCAAACCGACCUCACCAAACUGCGCCACCCAGCCAUCGACACCCCCCGCAAAGUCUCCCAAUCCGAAAUCGAAACCAUCCACAAACAAUGGCUCGCCCUCCCCCCCGCAGCAAGCGACGACGAAAAAGACCACCUCAAGCUCGCCCAAGCCCGCUGGGCCCUCUGCCAGCCUCUAAUCCAAGCCAAAAUGUGGGCCAUCGAGCCUUUACCCACCACCAUCCUCGAACUGGCCACGCGCUGGCAGACCAGCUACCACAUGGUCGUCUACGCGCUGCCACUGAUGUGUUUCCUCGCGCUCGAAUGCGACCCCAUCAAACUCGUCGCGCCCUUCCUGCGCUGGCGGGUAAAAGGUGUGCUAGCCAUCGUCAAAUUGCUCAUGGUGACAGGGGAAUUCACAGCCAGCGGGGAGCUCGCGAACCGGUGUACACAUGAGGGGAUUCUGGGCACGUUGGCGAUGGCGGACCAGGUGAGUAUGUGUGAGGCGCUGUUGCGGUUGGUGGUGUAUCAGGGAGGGGUGGGGGCGUCGGAGGAGUGGGAGGUGAUGAGGGAGGCGAGGGAGUUGUUGGCUGAUUUGGAGACUUUGCGGGGGAGGGAGCAGGAGUCGAGGUUGGUGAGGUUGUGGGCGAGGGAUUGGGAGGAUGUGGAGGGGGGUGCGUUUGUGGAGGAGAUGGUGUUGAGGCCGGUGAGGACGUUGGCGGGGUUUGCGGUGGAGGGGUUGGAGGCGAUGGUGGGGGGGAAGAGCUUGGAGGGGUGA